UAUGUUUGAAAAUGUUUGUUUUCGUUCGUUUGAAUUCCGAGUCGAACGCGCCUUCUACGUUUUGUGUAUUGUGAUUUACAAACUGACCCUGGACUGAAAUCGGACUUUGAUUUGGCUUCAUGAAACCUGCUUUCACGUAGCGACACAGGAACAGUGGUUAUAAAAAAUGCCUGCAGACAAUUGUUCUUAUUAUAAUUGUACAAAUUCUUCGGAACAGAAGUCAAUGUUCCGUUUUCCGUGGAAUGACGUCAACCGCCUAAAAGUAUGGCUUGAGAAUUGCGGUAAUAUGAACAUUGCCCACUUGCCUGCAGAAAAUUUGCGGUCAAGGUAUUUAUGCAUUGACCAUUUCAAUAUCAAGUAUGUACGAAAUGAAAAAAUGAAUGGUCAUAGAAAAAGACUCCAGAGAAGUGCAGUUCCAGAACCAUAUCAGACUCAAGACCUUCAAAAUCGCUCAAGCACUUCCUCACCAGGUUCAUCAGGUACUUUUAAAGUACUGACACCGAAAAAGGUGUACAAAAAUAAACGGCUUCGCGACUGCGAACUUGAAGAGCUCGUGGAGCCGCCAGCAGUAGCAUACCAGUGUAACACGCCGAAGAGAAGACGGUUGUCAAUUACUGAAGACACGCCAAAAUGCAAAGUAUUAAAAAAGAAAUUAGUAUUGUAUCUAACAAAAACAAAAUGUAAUACCUUUUGAAUUAAAGAAGUAGUUUAAUUGAAUAUUUAUUGUAUUUUCAUUCUAGUCAUUAAAAAAAAUCCAACUUCAUUAAAUUUGUUAAUUUUAAUAAUCAAGUAGGUAUCUUAAUUAUCAUAAACUAAUACUAUUUGUAUAUAAAUUGUAAUGAACAAUUAAUUAUUUAUAGUUACUUUAAAUGAUACCUAUCUAUGUAAUGGAAAGGGGAUAGUAAAAUAAAAAAGACACAUUUCUAUUGUUUAGUUAUUUAUUCAAAACCAUACAAAAACUCAGUUGAAUCAGAAAGGCUGGAUCAGUGUUUUUCCCAGGAAAACCUAGGUAACUAUUUGGUACUCAACUAAAACUCAU